AUGAACAAACAGCUAGGAGAACCGUUUGGUAUAGACGAUUCUUUGAACUCGUACGAGGAAGAAAUUGAUGAUAUCAAUGAUAUAUCUAGUGUGGAAUCAUCCCCCUUAGUGAAUAAAAUCAAUCGAAACCCCCCGUUUGAGGAACGUCAGAAUAACUUUGGGAUUUUGACCAGCGCCAACUUUUCAACUGAUUCUAUUGCAGAAGUAGAAGAAGACUUGUUGAACAUCCAGGGCAGUCCAUCCACACCGAAUGCGUCCAGUGGAAGUAUCAUUAACUUUAGUCACAGCCGAAGAUACUCCAUUUCUGGUCUUAGUUCUCCAACGUCAAUCAUGAGGCCUAACUCUUCUUCCAAACCACGUCCUAAAUCUGCAUUUUUUGGCGACGAUGUGUUCAAAAACGAAGAAAGUCCGUACCCGAACCCAAACCUGUCAAUCUCCUUACAAUCUCCAGUAUCAAGAAAUAACCACAGACGAAAUUAUGUUCCUCCUCCAAUAAUAGCCCCCCCAUAUUCAUCAAGAUCAGGUUCACCUACGAGGUCAACUUCACCGUCACGGUCUAAUAAGCACUUCAGGUCCAAAAGUCCGGUAAGAACCCCGUCGUCGCCCACAAAACAGUACCAACCGUUCAAUUUCAAGUCUCAGGAAAUGCUGAUGAACAACAAUUUAUCAGUGAAACCGGCUCAUAGAAAAGGACAUAAAUACAAGCACUCGUCGGUGUCAAUGAACUUUUUUCAAGAACCAACGCCGUCUAAUAUUGAUAAUGAAUAUUUAUCUACGAUCACAGACCUGUUCCCCAUUCCUACUUUGAGUGAGUCAAUAGCGUCCAUAACUAAAGACCAGAAGAUCAAGUUGGGAUGGUCUGCAGUGCACCUAAUGUUAUCCUUGCUUGUGUUUUUGUCGGGACACAAAAUUCAACAACAAGAGCUUUCGACGCUAGCUCAUUUGAUUUUCUACGAUUCCUUGGGUUCAAUAGUAAUCAUAUUAGUGGAAAUCAUGUCAAACUUUGAUGUUUGGAACAAUGCUUCGCUAGUUUAUCCUUUUGGAUUAGGAAGACUUGAAGUGCUCAUAGGGUUUGCUUUAGGGGCUUCUUUGGUUAUGGUGGGGUUUGACUUAUUGAGCCACAUAUGCGAAGAGUUUAUUAUAGUUCUUUUGAACAUGGGUGAAGACUCAGACCAUGGCCAUGGGGGUUCCCAUCAUGUACAUCGAUCCGACAGCAAUGUGACGAAUUUGUUAGUAUACUAUGUGGUGUUGGUAUCAACGAUAGCCAUCACCUUGAUUACCUCGAACUAUAUUUUGGCAGCGAAAAAGAUCAAUAAAAUCAUCAAGGAAACUCCGUCCCAUAAUAGAAAUGUGAGCAAUAUGGGAUUACUAGAUGAUCUCGAGCUUCCUUCCACGCUGAGCAAAACUUUUGAAAAACUUGAAGACUUUGCCAGUAUCAUCACUAAGAACCCAACUUACAUAUUGACUUUGCUGUACGCAGUAUUCUUGGUACUUUCACCCAUAAUGUCUGGAUUUAUUCUGAAGCAAUUUGAAAUUGACCUCAACGAAAUGGCGUCUAUAAUCAUUUCAUUAUUGUUUUGUCUCACAGGCUGGAAAUUAGUUAAAGCCCUAGGGGAGAUUCUACUUUUAUCGUACCCAAGCACAAAUAUCGUGUACAACAAACUUAAGGCGUCAAUCUUAAACGAAAUCAGCGGCUUGGAAAUGUUCAAGAAGAGCCAUAAGGUUGAUAGAUUGUUCAUCACCAAGUUCAACUACGAUACGUUUGUGGUUGGAAUUAAGGUGUCGAUGCCAGGCGCUUCUGUAGACGAGGAAGCCAUUUUUCGAUUUGAGGUGAGUCGUUUGAUUAAUCGUAAACUCCAAAGACGCCAACGAGGUAAUUUCAAGUUAGAACUUACAGCUGAUAUAGAUAGAACGUGA